CUCUCUCCACAACAAGGGGGACAACAACAACUUUGAGAGGCAGGCGAAUGGCGGAGGAGAUGCGAAGCGCGUAGUCCUCCGAAUUGCUUCUCCCAUGCUUCUCUGCUGAGCAUCAGCUUGCCGCCGCAAUACAUCGGAUUCCCAGUGCUGGUGCUGGUGCUGGUGGAGAGAGAACGGAGAUGCUGGAAAACCCUAGCGACUCGUCCCCCGCAGCCACCGUCAAACGCUAUGGUCCGCCCAAUCAGAGGGCUCGUUCUCUCGGCAGGCGCAAAUCGGGAGGAGAACGGAUUGACCGAAUAAACAGCAAUUACCCUAAUGAUGGAGAGAAGAGUCAAAUUGCUUCCUCAAGAAAUGUUCCUGUUGCCGGUCAUGGGGAUGCACUUGGCAGCUAUCUGGCUAAUGAUAAUACUAAUCCAGGAUUAAUACCCUUGCACGGGUGUAGUAAGAGUAAAUCAGUUCAGCUUCUGAAUCAGCGUUGGGCUGCUACCAUAAAAGCGUAUAAUGAUCCAUCAAUAGAUUUAGCUGAAAGGCCUGUUAUGUAUUCAGGGAGUAGUGCAUCGGCAUGGGGACACUUUAGACUUCCUCAUCAGAUGGAUUUCUUGAAUGAGCUUAGGCGUGCAAUGCAUAAUGCAAGUGCCAACCCGUCUUCUAAAUUGGAUUCAUGGGGCUAGAAUCUUUUUGUUUGGUUUUGGACUUCCAGAAUACUGCUAAGAGUUUCUGAUAAGGAGUUUGUUGUAUGUACUCUUACAAUCCAGUUUGAUGCUUCAUAUAUAGGUGGCACUCCUUAAUUAUUUGGCAGGGUAUGGUUGUAUGAUGUAUGUCAUAGUUUAUAGGUAGACUUAGCCCAAUAUAGACAAUCCUUGUUUGGUUGAAUUAUUGAAUGGAACAUUUGAUUUC